UUCAGUCAAUCAUUGCAAUACAAUACAAUAUUAUUCUAUAUAAUAUACCAAACCGAAAGACUCGAAAAGGUAUAGGUUGAAGCAAAAAUGCUAAUAUAUUCCUAUUCUAAAUUAUUUUAAUCAAAUAAAUCAGAAAAUGAAUAUCAAAUAUAGAAACAUAAUAUGUUCAGUCGCACACCUCAGAGCAUCGUAAUACACAUUUAAAAUUAACUCUAAAAACAUUCAUCCUACAUUUGACACACUAUUCUGGUGACUGUGAAUAUAUGAAAGAAAAUCUUUUGAGAUUGAUGACCUGGUUAUAAUGUUAAUCACUGAAAACGAUAACGAGAUAGGAAAAAAAAGAUUUGUUUAUCAAUUUGCUGCAGAUUUUGUGGUUUUUUAAAAGACAGUUUCUGGCAGUACAUUGGGUCUGGUCAAUUCGUUGAUACAUUGAGGCUAUUAUGAUAAUUGAUUAAUCUACAGUUACAGCUUCUCCGUUGUGAAUACUAUCUGAUUUCCUUCGUAGUAAACUGAAUAUCUUCGACAGUCAGACAAAAUAAAACAUAUGAAGGUGUGACCGUGGACUCCAGGGGAUGGAUAUUCUUCCACUAUUUCAUGACGUUCUCUCGGCUGGACAAUGAGUCGGCUCAUCGAGACACGUCUGGCCAGGUUAAGACCAGCUGGAGGAGGCUGUGGAGUGGACGGUGAUGCGGGGGCAGGCUUGGGGAGCUCUCCAUGUCCACGACUUGUCCAUGGUGGACGUGGAGUGGCUGAUGAAGAACGUGACUCAUCGUCCCCACUGCUACAUGUGCUCCACCGACAACCAGUCCGUCAGGUUCAUCUUCUCGUCCCAAUGGCCCAAAGCGCUCCCACAUUGCUCUCCCUGGAUCCUCCUGGAAAACCUCAGGGCCAAGAUGCUCAAUACCACGGAUUUUGACAACAGCAUCAUGGGCAACAUGACGCUCUUCACUGACCAGGAUCCGGAAGCGGUGUACCCCAGUCAGGACGUGGUGUGGGAUCGGUUCGAACAGGCCUUCCUCGCCGUGUGGGGCCUGGUCACAUACGCUCCCGUGUUCAGAGACUAUUACUACCAGGGCCUCACGGAGCUCUACAUGGACAACGUCAUGUACCUGGAACUGCGAGCGCUCCUCCCAGAGAUAUACGAGCUGGACGGCAGCACUCACGACGCCGCCUGGACUCUGAAGACCUACCAGGAGGUCACCAGACAGUUCACAGCAGACCACCCCGACUUCUUCGGAGCGAGGAUCAUCUCCACAAUCGCCAGGGGGGUAAAUGCAUCAACGAUGGCCAGAGGUGUGGAGAAGGCCAUGAAGCUGCAGAGAGACUUCCCCCAUAUCAUGGCUGGUUUUGACAUGGUGGGCCGCGAGGACCGAGGCCGACCCCUGUGGUACUUCAGAGAUGCCUUGUCACUGCCGGCCGAGAGAGGGGUGACACUUCCUUUCUUUUUCCACGCAGGAGAGACCAAUCUCCAGGGCACGGAUGUGGACCAGAACCUGUUGGACGCUCUCUUGUUCAACACUUCCCGUAUUGGCCAUGGAUUUGCUCUGCUCCGCCACCCGGUGGCCAAGGAGCUGUCCAGAAAGAGAGGGGUGGCUGUGGAAGUGUGCCCCAUCUCCAAUCAGGUGCUGAAGCUGGUGAAUGACAUGCGAAACCACCCGGCAGCCGCACUGAUGUCAGAAAACCACCCGUUGGUCAUCAGCUCCGAUGACCCGGCCAUGUUCGGUGCCUCCGGACUCUCUUAUGACUUCUAUGAAGCGUUCGUGGGCUUCGGUGGGAUGAGGUCCCGUCUGGGCUCCCUCAAGGAGCUGGCUAUGAACUCGAUUAGGUAUAGUUCUUUGACUCCAAAGCAACAGGAAGUUGCCCUGACGCUGUGGCAAAGAAGAUGGGAUGCAUUUGUGUCUGAAAAUGCUUUUUAGAAAGAAAAAUGUUAUUCUUUCUUUUUUUUUUCUGUCUGUCAAUUUUCAAAUGCCUUCACGUUUCUGUUGAGAGAGCUUGUCGCUCAGGUACAUUAUUAAUGUGGGAAACGGUGCUCCACAGGUAAGCAGAUGACAAUAAAGCUUGGCAUGUCACAGGAUGGAAAUGAACAGAGCCGUUGUUCAUGUUAUUAGUAACACCUUCUACAGUGUUAUCUGAUUUAAAAAAAAAAGAUGAACAAUUACAUUAUCCAAACCGCUUCAACUUUUCUUUAGGGACACAGUAAACAGGGUUCGUACGGUCAUGGAAAACCUGGAAAAGUCAUGGAAUUUUAAAAUGGUCAUUUCCAGGCCUGGAAAAGUCCUGGAAAAAACGUAAAUCAUAAAAGUUUUGGAAAAGUCAUGGAAAUUUGUUAUCAUCACAUGUUCAUUUAUGCGGCGUUUAACAUAAUUAAUGUUUUUUGAAGAAAGACGCUCAAAAUAUAAGCCGGCGUCCGCUCUCAAUACGCAAAGUGUUCUAAAUUGUUCAUGUUUAUACCGAGAUUUCAGUUUGGUCAUGGAAAAGUCAUGGAAAUCCAUUGGUCGAAAUGUGUAAGAACCCUGAGUAAAGACCCUGGCAGUGUGAGCCAGGCCUGAGCUGUCACUUCCUGUUGCGUCUGGUUUUAUUGAGGACUUUUAAAAUGUAUUUGCACUUUAAGAUUCAGGUGUGUUUGUCACGGUGCUGCUGGGUUGCUCUUUGUGUUGUUGUUUGAGCUUUACAAGAGUGUAACAAGUAGAUAUAGUUAUAAUGGUAUUCAUAUCUUGAAAGAUACUAUACUUUUUUGUACAUGAAUCCAUCUUAUUUUUAGCUGAGCCUUUGUUCACGUCGUCACAUUUGAUGCGACGACACAUUGAAAUGUUGUCAACGACUGACAUUAAAUUUGAAAUAAAUAAACAACUUGAUUUCCA